UUAAAGCGCAUUUCUGUUUAUGCACGCGAACCCGUCUAACGUAAUUGUUAUUUCGCGGUUAUAUAAAGUAGCAAAUUAUCGUUCCUGAAUAGGUGGCGCCGUGGUAGCCGAUCCUGUUCUUCAACUUCCGGUUUCUGCACUGUGCAACUAUUACAGUUGCAUUUUUAAUUAACGAUGCCAAGUACAUGUUGUUGUGUACCUGGAUGUCAUUUAAGAGGAGGACAUGCAUUUCCAAAUGACUUAAAAAGAAGGAAAAGUUGGAUCAACGCCAUGGCCCAUACGCAGAUUGGACGAGAACACGAUGAAAUCGUGGAGUCCAUCUCAAUCAGCUGUUGUUUGCAAUGCACAUUUUACUGAAAAAGACUACGUGCAGGAAACUAUUCAUGAGCGCAAACCCACCAUACAGAGACUUAAGUCUACUGCCAUUCCCAGCCUAUUUUCCUGGAUUAAGCAAGAGACUGAAUCAUCCGCAAAAAGAAAAAUCAGGGCAGUUUCCUGUGAAAACAAAAGAACUAAACUUGAUGAAUAUUGUAGUAGAAAUCUAGAGGAAAGUUUUGAUUGUAAAGUUGGUUUUCCUGAAGAAGUCAUUCAUACUGCAGACAGGAUUUAUGACUGUCCACCACCAACUGCCGAGCUAAUGUUGAGCUUCACAGAUGGAAUUACGCAAACACCAUCAAUGCCUAUAUUUUCAGCAGAGAAUUUUGAAAUGAAGACACGUGACACAGCCAUGCAUUUUUAUACCGGUUUAGAGUUGUAUACUAAAUUUUUAUUUGUUUUCACCACACUUGGUCCAGCAGCACAUUGUUUGAGAUACACAUAUUUUCAAAUUGAUAGGGUGUCAUUUGAAAAUCAGUUUUUUUAUGACUUUGAUGAAAUUGAGGCAUUAUACAACCAACUUUGAACUGUCUAGAUUCUAGAUUGAAACUAGUGUUAAGAAUAUUGUGUAAACAUGGAUUGUUUUUAUGUCUAAACAGUGGCGUGAGGCUAACACUUGGCCAUUAAGUGGUUUAGUCAGGUAUUUUUCGCCAUCCAACUUCAAAUUAAAGUUUCCUACAACUUGGAUUAUUAUUGACAGCACAAUAUAUCCCGUGAUAAAACCUUAAGCUCCUAGAGCUCAGGCAACCUUUUCAUCAUAUAAAAACAGAAACACUGAAAAUACUUGUAUGUUCGACACCUGGUGGUUUAGUCAACUAUGUCUCUAAUGCAUAUGUUGGUUGUACCAGUGACUGUGAAAUAGUUGAAAGAUGUAGAAUAGUUCAAUUAUGUGAUCCAGGUGACAGUGUGAUGGCAGACAAAGGUUUAAAUGUGCAAGAUUUGUUUGCUCACUUUUUUCAAAAAAAAGAAACAGAAUUAGUUCCAAAACUCUUCUACGGGAUAGAAAAGUCUCCAAUUAACACGUGCACAUAGAGCUAAUUAUUGGACUUGGCAAAACAUACAAAAUUCUAAUAAAUCCUAUGAAUGGAACUGAAACAAAACUUUCAUCUGAAAUAACAUUUAGUUGUUUUAUGUUGUGUAAUUUUAGAACUUGUAUUGUGCCAAAGGAUACAUAAAUAAAAGUGACACAAUGAAGUUUGUUCUGAUAUAUAUAUAUAAAUAUUAUUUACAAUUACAUGCACAUGUAAAUUGUAAUGCAUAUAAAAAUAAGGAGAUGUGGUAUGAUAUUCAGUGAGUUUAUCGAACCAAAGUGCAUAAGAAAUGGGUUAAGCAGUUACAGGUGUUACUGUCACCGUACAAUCUCCAACAAUUAGAAAAACUUGUACUGUGUAAAAAAUU